AUGUCAACGGAGAUGAUACCCCACUUUAUGGAGUCUUUCGCAAUAAACGCGAUGAUCACUUUACACGUCGACAAUAUUAAGGGAAAGAACGAUCAUCAUCGCGCCGAGUCAGCAUUUAAGGCACUUGCUGUUGCUAUAUACCUUGCGUGUACGAAGACUGGUACUGAUGACGUGCCGAGCACUAAAGGAGUUCUUUAG